AUGUCUGCGACCAAUGGGCCCGCAUUCGGCAGGUGCAGUAGGGAACGUGAAGUGGAAGGGAUCUCGACCAGAUGCAGCCUCGCUCACAGCCGACAUCAAGAGGUGUGGGAACUCGAGGCAGUGGGCCUCGGCGCUGAGCAUACUCUGCGACGCGCCGCAUGCACGCGUCCGCGUCGAUACCAUACUGUGCAACGCAGCCAUCAGCGCGUGCGGGAGGGGCGAACAGCUGCACCGGGCGCUGCUGCUGCUCCGCGGGAUGGCGGGUGCGAGCGUGCAGCCCGACUCAGUUACAGUGCUGGAAUCAGUGCGUGCGAGAAGGGUGGGCACUGGCGCCAGGCCUUGUCUUUGCUCAGCGAGCUGUCAGAAGUGAGCCUUCAGCCAGACGUCAUCAUUUAUAGCGCUGUAGCCAGCGCCUGCGAGAAAGGCAGGCAGUGGCAGCAGGCGCUGCUGCUCCUCGAUGAGAUGAGGCAGGUGACUUUGAAGUUGGACCUCAUCUGUUAUAACGCUGGAAUCAGCGCUUGCGAGAAAGACGGGCAGUGGCAGCAAGCGCUGUUCUUGUUGGGCGAGUUAGCACAAGUGAGGUUGGAGCCGCACGUCAUCUCUACAAUGCCGCCAUCAGCGCGUGCGAGAAAGGCGGGCAGUGGAAGCAGGCGUUGUCGUUGA